AUGGCACUCAUGGAAGACGACGAUCGAAUGCACAUGCUGGCGUCUGAGGAUGACCGGCCCCCGUUACUGUCGCUACGCACACAACACGGGCUUACAAAGUCGGAAAUCGUACAAGGCAUGGCGAAUCGGUUCAUGUACUCUAGAUAUUAUAUUGCGCUGUAUAUCGGGCUCGCGUUGCUAAGUCUGGUGACGAUUGUGAUGUCCAUCAAAGAAACUUGUCCGUCACUGCUAUUCAUCAUUUUUGAAGCCAUUAUCAACCUUGCCAUGAUCAUCGAAGUCACAGUCCGAUUGCUCGCUUUACGACGGGCGUAUUGGCAUUCGGUUUGGAAUAUCAUUGAUAUUGUGCUUGUUGGACUGUGUGCAAUUACAUUGGUGGUGCUGGCCACCGGCUGUUCCGUGGGUGAACGAAGUGAAGCCAUUUUUGAUACAGUGCUGUUGGUGAUUCGAAACUCGUUUCAGGUGUUUCGACUGUUUAUGAUGAUCCGCAAAAAUCAAUAUUCUCUCAAUGCACGGUCAACACGGGUGGAUUUCGAUGCUUUACCUGACUACGGCAGGGAUCCGUCGGUGGAGUUCUCGGCUUUCGAUCGUGGUUUAGACGAGAGUUUCCUUGAAGACGAGGAUUCGGAUGUCGAGCAUGGACGAUAG